AGGGAGGUAGGGAGGGAGGAGGAGGAGAUGGGCUCCAUGUUCCGCAGUGAGGAGCUGUGUCUGGCGCAGCUCUUCCUGCAGUCGGCCUCGGCCUACGACUGCGUGAGCGAACUGGGCGAGAGCGGCCUGGUGGAGUUCAGGGAUCUGAACCCCACCGUGAGCACCUUUCAGCGCAAGUUUGUGAGCGAGACGCGGAGGUGUGAAGAGAUGGAGAAGACUCUGGAUUAUUUAUUACACGAAAUAAAGCGAGCGGACAUCGCUCUGUCUGACACCGAGGUCAACCCAGUGGCUCCUCUUCCCAAACACGUGCUGAAAAUCCAGGAGCAGCUGCAGCAGCUGGAGGUCGAGCUGCGGGAGGUGACGAAGAACAAGGAGACACUGAAGAGGAACCUGCUGGAGCUGACAGAGUACAACCACAUGCUGCGGGUCACAACCUCCUUCGUCAGGCGGGCUCUGGACCUGGAGCCCCAGGCACAGUAUGAAGAGUUCCCCUCGUUGGAUAAAGAGCCACUGAUGGAUUAUACCAACAUGCAGAGACUGGGAGCUAAAUUAGGGUUUAUCGCAGGGGUGAUCCAUCCCUGGAAGGUGGGACCCUUCGAGCGGAUGAUGUGGCGAGUGUGUAAGGGCUACACCAUCUUGACCUGCCAGGAGCUAGAAAUGGGCCUGGAGGACCCCGACACCGGGGAGAAUGUGAAGUGGGUGGUGUUCCUCGUGUCUUAUUGGGGCGAGCAGAUUGGGCAGAAGGUGAAGAAGAUUUGUGACUGUUACCACUGUCACGUGUACCCUUACCCGAGCACCAUCCAGGAGAGGAAGGAGAUUGUCACAGGCCUUAACACCCGCAUACAAGAUCUGCACACGGUGCUACAGAGGACAAGUGAGUACCUGCAGCAGGUGCUGUCUAAGGCCUCGGAGUCCAUUUCCACCUGGCUGAUCCAGGUUCGCAAGAUGAAAGCCAUUUACCACAUCCUCAACAUGUGCAGCUUCGAUGUCACCAACAAGUGUCUGAUUGCGGAGGUGUGGUGUCCUGUAGCUGACCUGCCACAAGUGCGCCAGGCGCUGGAGGAGGGCUCUAGGAAGAGUGGGGCCACAGUGCCCUCGUUUGUGAAUCGGAUCCCCAGCACGGACACGCCCCCCAGCCUCAUCCGCACCAACAAGUUCACCUCCGGCUUCCAGAACAUCGUGGACGCCUAUGGGAUCAGCUGUUAUCGGGAAGUCAACCCAGCCCCUUACACCAUCAUCACCUUUCCCUUCCUCUUCGCCGUGAUGUUCGGGGACUUUGGACAUGGCCUGGUCAUGUCUCUCUUUGCUCUCUGGAUGGUCCUGUUCGAGGCCAACCCCAAACUCAAGAACACCAGGAACGAGAUCUGGAACAUGUUCUUUGACGGCCGCUACAUCAUCUUGCUGAUGGGCCUGUUCUCCCUGUACACCGGCCUCAUCUACAACGACUGUUUCUCCAAAUCCUUCAACAUAUUCGGGUCCGGGUGGAGCGUCAAAGCCAUGUUUGACAGUAAGGUUUGGACGAUGGAGGAGUUGAAGAGGAAUCAGUACAUGACGUUGGACCCGAACGUCACAGGGGUUUUUACUGGCCCGUACCCGUUUGGCAUUGAUCCGAUUUGGAAUCUGGCCAACAACAAGCUGAGCUUCCUGAAUUCCUUUAAGAUGAAGAUGUCCGUCACCCUGGGGAUCGUCCACAUGACCUUCGGGAUCUGUCUCGGGAUCUUCAACCACAUGCACUUUAACAAGAUGUACAACAUCGCGUUAGUUCUGAUCCCCGAGCUGCUGUUCCUGAUCUGCCUGUUCGGCUACCUCGUCUUCAUGAUCAUUUACAAGUGGCUGGCCUACUCCCCUCUCAACUCCCGCUCCGCCCCCAGCAUCCUCAUCCACUUCAUCAACAUGUUCCUCAUGCAGGGCACGGGCAGCGUGGAUCUGUACGAUGGGGAGCACACGCUGGAGGUGUUCCUGGUGGUGGUGGCGGUCCUGUCGGUACCCGUGCUGCUCGUUGGCAGGCCGGCCUACCUGUACUGGAUACACCACGGCGGUCAGAGCAUCACCUCUUAUAGGAAAGGUUACACGUUAGUGCGCCGAGGGAGCGAGGAGGAGAUGUCGCUGCUGAGAGCCCACGAAAUGGAGGAGGGAGGUGCCCUCACCAACCACACUGCGCACACAGAGGAGACAGAACAGGAGUUUAAUGUGGGGGACAUGUUCAUGCACCAGGCUAUCCACACCAUAGAAUACUGCCUGGGCUGUGUGUCCAACACCGCCUCCUACCUGCGGCUCUGGGCUCUCAGUCUGGCUCACGCACAGCUGUCCGAGGUGCUGUGGGGGAUGGUGAUGCACGUGGGCCUGCGGAUGGACAGUGACUUCGGCAGCUUGCUGCUCUUCCCGGUGUUCGGGUUCUUUGCAGUGCUGACGGUGGCCAUCCUGCUGGUGAUGGAGGGGCUCUCGACAUUCCUGCACGCUCUCCGGCUCCACUGGGUGGAAUUCCAGAAUAAAUUCUACACAGGCACCGGUUACAAAUUCGCCCCCUUCAGCUUUGAGGUGAUCGCUCGUAGCUUCAAUGACUUGGCUUAGGAGAGACGCCUGGCACAGCCCAGCCUGGAACAGCCCAGCUUGGCACAGCUCAGCUCCGCGGGCAUCCGCAGCACGAUCAUGUGACAUUCCCCACUUCUCAGCCUCCUGUGGUUUGAGACCAGACGCUCGCAAUGAAUGCCUUACAAAACACCCAAACGGUUCCCUCUCCUCCGCCCCUUCCCCAGCCCACCAGCCAGCCACUAACAGCUGAUCAUUACAGUUGGAACCUCAGGUACUUAAAAAGGAUAAUAAGGUGUGUAUUAAAGAAUAAUGUAGAAGUUUUCACUGUGAAAAAAAAGUAUACUGUAGCCUUAUUGAUGGAUACGGAGCGAGUCUUUGUUUGUGUAUGUGUGUGUGUGUCUUGGUGGGGGGGGAUUGCACUAUGCAUAUCUUCUAACAGACAGAACCUCCACCCCACCCAACACCCACCCCGGUGUCAUUCCCCAUUCGAUUCAAUGCUGGAUUUGAAAGAAAGGUUCUGUUAGUUAUUUUCCGUUUUCUGCAGGAUCUGGGGCCGCUGCGGUGCUGGUUUUAAAGGUGGGGGGGGGCGUUGCGGGCAGACUAGUCUGGGUCACACUACCGUUGCUGCCUGGCCUUUGAGGGACAGAGUUAGCAUGUGGUUCCGGGGAUUCAGAGCCCUAUGCGACCCACCUCGGUAGUGGAGACGUCUGGCUGAAAUAGGACGGCAGAUACUGACCCUUUAAACUGAGGUUUGUUAAGGGAAUAUGCGAAUGGAAUGUGCGCUGGAAACUUUUAAAAACCCCAGAAUCUUCAAAUUCCCAAAUAUCCUCGUGUUUUGCAUACAAACUCUGAGAUCUUCAAGUUGUUGGCUAAAUCCCAGAUCAGCCAUGAUCUAAUUAAAUGGCGGAACAGGCUCAAAGGGCUGAACGUCCUCCUCCUGUUCCUCUGUCCAAUAAUUUUAUGUUUCCCACUUUCUGGGUGGGAGAGACCCGGUGACUGGGAGUGGCUGAUAUUCUGGGGUACAGCAUCGUUUAAGCCCAAACCCUGGGAAAAUGUUUGAAUAGUGGGGCAGGAGUGAGAUCAAACCUAUGGGCAACCAGCUACAAACACUCCCAUGUUUCCAUUUGCAGUCUUUUAUCUCUGAGGUUGUAUCCCGUUUCUUUUCAGAUCCUUUUGCUUUAUUUCCCAAAUGAACAGCUCAUUCAAACUUCUCGGAGGAGAGGUGGCAGGGACGACGACUGGGAAGAGAGUGUGUGAGUGACCAUAACUGGUGUCACUGUUUGCCACACUGAUCAGCCAGUUUAGUGAGCCACUAAGCACUGAGUUUAGUAAGCCACUCCUCUCUCCACUUCCCGUACAACAUUAAUGUUAACAGUGUUAACCUUAUAAUUACUCUGCAUUUCAAUAUUGCAAACAACUCACACUACAUUGUCAUUGCCAACUGAUAUUGAGCAUCCAAGCUGUGUAGAAUUUCUGUUUUAAGCGGUGGGGGAGAGGGGGGGGGGGGAGAUAAUAUUUUGGUAAAAUACAAUAUAAUUGAAUUUCCAACGAGUGUAAAUGUUAUUGUGUGAUUGAUCCUGGCGACUGAAUACCGAGGGGGUUUGGAAUGCGUGAAUUGGCUUUUCUUACCCAUCGUUAUUAUUAUUAUUAAUAUUAUUAUGUGUUUUGGAUUUUGUUAAUUGUUUCAAUCCGCAGGAUGAAAUUGGAGAACAUUGAUCAGGCUGACAGAUUGAAAAAAGAUAAUUUAUUAAAUAAGGACUUUCUAAAGAUCCUGGGUUUAUGCUUGCUUCCAGCAUCCGUCUCAAAUCACUUUUAUUCCGCAAAUAAAUAGUAAUUUGGGUUCCUCAUUGGGUUUUUUUUUAAAAAAAGCAACCGACACUGGCAGCUCAGUAUCCUCCCCAGCAAAUUCCAGCUAAGAUAGCUGUACUCGGAAGAAAAAAAAUACAAAGUAUUUCUCGACUGCCCAUUGUGAUAUUGGAGAACUAUUUUGCCCUCAGCCCCCAUCAAUUCCGGCACAAGUUCUCCACCGCUCUUUACGUCUGCAAGAUUACAUGUCACGCGUUUCAGAGAGAAAAAAAAAAAAAAAAAAAAUCCUGAUGGUUGGUUGAUUCAUGUAAAAUGACAAAAUAAUGCUUUUGUUUCAAAACUUCAGCAGCGUCAUCCGCCCGGAUGGGGUUUUUAGUUUUCGUACUGCAAAUAAAAGAUUUAUAGAUUCAGGA